AUGUGGAAGAAGAACUUUUACAUGGUGGCAGAAAGUGUUUCCAUACUCUCAGCGGAGGAAGUCAUUGAAUGGAGGAAAGAGAAUAACAAUAUCUUUGUGGAUGACCUUCUGGAGGAUGGGGAGAAGCGUCCCUUCCCAAAUCCCUGUCGCACCUUCCUGGAGGCCUUCAAGCUUUUCCCAGAGAUCAUGGAAAAUAUUGAUCGAGUUGGCUUUGAAAAACCAACACCUAUCCAGUCUCAGGCGUGGCCAGUGUCUCUGAGCGGAGACGACGUGAUCGCCAUCGCUCAGACAGGAACGGGCAAAACUCUGGCCUACCUGCUGCCAGGCUUCAUCCACAUGGACGGACAAGUUGUGCCCAGAGCUAAGCGGGGGGGUCCGGGCAUGUUGGUGCUGACUCCCACCAGAGAGCUGGCCCUGCAGAUUGAACAGGAGUGCAGCAAGUACAGCUUUAAAGGCUACAAAAGUGUCUGUAUCUAUGGCGGGGACAGGCGAGCUCAGAUCAACGCGGUGAGGAGCGGCGUGGACAUCGUGAUAGCGACACCAGGCCGACUGAACGACCUCCAGAUGAACAAGCUCAUCAAUCUGCGCUCCAUCACCUACUUGGUCUGCGGUCGGCUUUUAUCUGUGCUGGACGAGGCCGACCGGAUGCUGGAUAUGGGCUUUGAACCCCAGAUUAUGAAGAUUCUGCUCGACAUCCGGCCCGACCGACAGACUGUCAUGACCAGUGCCACCUGGCCCACAGGUGUGAGACGUCUAAAGAACCCCAUGAUGGUUUAUGUGGGAACCCUGGACUUGGCGGCGGUUAACACAGUGGACCAAACGGUGCUGAUCGUCCAUGAGGAAGACAAAAAGUCCUACUUGUUCGACUUCAUCAGGAACAUGCUGCCCGAGGAAAAAGUCCUCAUCUUUGUUGGCAAGAAGAAUAGCCGCGCAUCUGACCUGGCCAGUGACAUGUGACAGUGCAUGGCUGUGCAGAGUCUCCAUGGUGACCGUGAGCAGUGUGACCGUGAAGAGGCCCUCAGAGACUUCAAAAACAGCCAAGUUCGUAUCCUGGUCGCGACAGACUUGGCAUCUCGAGGGUUGGACGUCCAUGAUAUAACGCAUGUUUAUAACUGACAUCCCACU